AGAAAACAUCCAGCUGUUAUCAAAGCAGAGAGACCUCUGGCUAGCUUAGCUUAGCUCUGUGACACAGUAAUGAAACGGCCUUGAGAGUCGGGAAUAAAUUUGUACUUUAUCAUGUUGUGUCCGGAGUAGUGACUGUAAGGAUUCAUACAUAAGGAACAUAUUUCUCCUCGACUUUCCUCCGGUCCGAGUGUUGAAACAAGGUGUGAAUGAGUGACGUGGUGCCUCCCACAGCUCUCAGUGAAGUCCAGCUCCGGUUCCUCUGCCACGAUGACAUAGAGAGUGUCAAGCUGCUCUGUGGUGAUUGGUUCCCAAUCGAAUACCCAGACUCAUGGUAUCAGGACAUCACCUCCAACAAGAAGUUCUUCUCCCUCGCUGCCACCUUCAGAGGAGGCAUCGUGGGAAUGAUUGUGGCCGAGAUCAAAGGCCGGACCAAAGUACACAAAGAGGAUGGAGACAUCCUGGCCUCCAGUUUCCCUGUGGACACACAGGUAGCCUACAUCCUCAGCCUGGGAGUGGUCAAAGAGUUUAGGAAACAUGGCAUAGGCUCCCUACUGCUGGACAGUCUGAAGGAGCAUAUAUCAACGACAGCCCAGGACCACUGUAAGGCAAUCUACCUGCACGUCCUCACCACUAACAACACUGCCAUCCACUUCUAUGAGAACAGGGACUUCAGGCAGCACCACUACCUGCCCUACUACUACUCCAUACGAGGGGUCCUCAAAGACGGAUUCACAUAUGUGCUCUACAUCAACGGGGGUCAUCCACCCUGGACAAUAUUUGACUAUAUCCAGCACAUCGGUUCAACCCUGGCCAGCCUGAGCCCCUGCUCCAUCCCUCAGAGGCUGUACAGACACGCCCAGUCCCUGCUGCGCUCUCUGCUGCCCUGGUCCAACAUCGCCUCCAAGACUGGCAUACAGUACAGCCGAACAAUGUGACACAGCAUGGAGCACAAGUGUUCCGUUUCUCAUCAGUCUUCCCCUGUACACACAAAGAUGUACACGCACACCCACAUCCUGUACGGCUUUCUGCACCCUGUAUUUGACACAGGACUCAGGUUCAACCUGCGUUUGACCGUUCAAGUAUCCAAAUAUUAUUCCCUGUAAGAUACACGUUUGGCACUGUUCACACAAGAUCUGGGUUUGCAGCUGUAGCUCUGUACCUGCUGCUAAACAGGGUUUUUGCAUUGUAACGUCAUCAGAAGUGCAAUGUUGUGUUUACACUGAAGACUCAGCAAAACAAAUGGCAUGAUUUGGUAAAACCAUGGGAUUUUUUCUGGUUAUUUAGUUAUUAUACUAUCCCAUAUACACUAUACUAUCCCAUAAUUACUAUAGUAACCUGUGUUUAACCAAUCAUACCAAAGCUGAGCAGUGUCAGACCCAGGCAGCAGAGCUGAGUGGAGGACCACGUUGACCCAGGCACACAAACGGCAAACACAGGUUGUAAUAAUGGUGUGAAAGGGGUGUAACACACACACACACACACAAAAACACUCUCACACACACUGGGAACCCGAUAGAGACUAAAGGUUCAAACCAUGCCUAUAUUUCUCUUUUCAACCUGUCCACCACUGUCACAGAGACUAUGUAUACUGUUUGUAUAUUAUAUAUACUAAACUAAUAUAUAAAUUUCUCUUAAUAUGUAUGUUUAUUCUAUGCUGUUGAUAGGCCUAGUUGGAUGAUAAUCCAUCCUUUUCCCUUUUUGUGUAUCAACUGAAUCCAGACUCCGAGUCAAUUCCAGUUUGUAAAAUAGACUCAAGAACAAGUUGCAUUCAAUUGGACUGUGAAUCAUUUAACAAUGUUGAAAGGCUAGUAGGUUAGACUAAAGCUUAUUAUACAAAGGAAACUCUGAGACACAAUGUAGAUGGGUGAUAUUUUCAGUAGUAACAAAAAUUUUCAAAAAAGAGAAUUCUUCCCUUUUGAAAAUUUAUGAAAUUGUCUGAUUUGCUGUGUGCAAUAAAUAAAAGUAGUAGAAACUGUACUAGUGACAUCAGCACAGAAACAUAUGGACAUGUUAUAGUUUAGUACUCCGUCAGUACUUACUACAGCAGCUUUACAGGCAUUCCACAUGUUAUGCAGUACUGUUUAUAGGUCUUAACUCUACACUAAAUGGCCUUUCUACAUUGUUUCAAAAUGUUGCCCGUGUAUAGUUCGUACAAGAGUAAGGGAGAGUUGCUGGGGUCCUUAUUUUAGAGGUUUUAAAUGGUAACUGGCUACAGCACUGUCUGUCUGCUCCAUGGCUGUAAAAUUGCUGCUAAUGUAGAGAAAUUUCCAUUUGUUUGUCCAGAUUUUAAAAUAUGGCCCAGAUUAGAUUUUAAUGUCUGCUUGUAGAAGAGAUAAGAAACAGGAAGUAAUGUUCACAAACAGAAACGCAACACACUUUGUGUGUCUGCUUGCAUGCAUGCAGGUGUGUAUGCGUAAAAACAUACAGGGUCCGAAAUUAGCACCUGGCUAGUGCCAAAUGUUGGUCAGAUCUGUCUGCGGAAGACAUGUUUGUCAGUGAGUAACACUGUAGUUCUUCAAUUUUAUUGCAUUCUGUUGCACUUCACUGGCAAGGAUGACUGUGUGAAAAAUAUGCGUUCAUUGUUAAAAGGUGAAAUUUUCUCCGUUUACCAGCCCUGGGCAGGUGACUCACAAGAAAGUUUCAGACAUUGUGUUUGCAAUAAACUUCAUUUGACUGAUUGUAAAGACUGAGUCAGUCUGGCAGCCCCUACUGUGUGUAUUUUACACUGUUAUAACAUUUUCAUUGUGAUUGUCUUAUUAUAUUGUCAUAAACCUGAGCCUUGUUUUCAUUCACAAUAUGCUAUGGUAUCAAGUAUUUGUCUUCAUUGCCUUUUAAAACGGCUUUCAUUGAUCCUUUUACCACUCAAAUCCUCUGGUGCCACACUGGCACAAUUGUAGCAUGAGAAUCCUGCCAAAACAAUGCAAGAACUUCAGCACUUGUAGGAAAUGGAAGAAAUGUGUUGUCUCCAUUCUGCUGCUGUCCAACAGUCAUAAGCAAAAUGUUCUUAAUAUACAGACAGAAGAACACAAUGCUAGCCAGCAUCUGGAUGUAUUGAUAUUGAGCCUCUGGACUCAGCACAGGACACAGGAGUUAGGGGAAGAAGAUUAGAUAAACAUUUCUCUACACAACACUACAGCUGUGUUAGAAUCAAAGAAUGAUUCAUAUUUCUCAGACAAUGAAUUCUAGUGAUUUUGGUGAUUUCCUGACUUCCUCUAGCACCGUCUGCAGGUUAACAUUUGUGUUUUUGGGUGAAAUUUCUUGACAAUUAUUGGAUGGAAUGCCAUGAAAUUUGGUACAGACAUUUAUGUUCCCCUUAGGAUGAACUGUUAUAACUUCUAGCGAUUCAUUAACUUUUUGGUUUAUGACUCUGGGCCAACAGCACAACACAGUUAAAAAAUAGUUUUAACUUCAUAGAUGCAUAAUGAUUUAUAUGAACUUGUAUGGCUAUUAAAGUAGUACGUGUGUACAUUAAUAUUAGUUAACUAAACUAAUAGUUUGCAGUUGGGCUAAUUGUUUUUCCACAACUCUGAUUUCAAAAUGUCUGUUUAAGACAUUUGUGAAAUACACUCCAAGGUACCCCCAACUGUUUAAAGAUGUGACAACCACAGAACUGGUUCCAACAUUACUCUCGCCAUUGAGAGCCAUUGUCAGAGAUGUUGUCUAAGAGCCAGCAUUUCAAAACUGGCCACUGGCAGCCACCACUAAUUUUCUAUUAAUUAUACCACACCAAAAACUGAAUUUUCACUUUAAUUGAAAAAUUAGGGCCUUUUACCAUAAAAAAAAAAAUCAUAUUUCAGUCCAUGAAUUUAUCUACUACUAUUCCCUUAAAAGUCCAUGAAAACUACCUUAUUCCAUCAUUAUUAAUGGGUAAAUUAAUGUAAUUUUAAGGUAAAAAAAAAAACCAAACAAACAAAAAAAAAACUAAUGGACUCAGUUUCACAGGGAUGCAUCCUUUAUGUCCAGAUAAAUAACUCAAUAUGCUAUACUUUCUAAAAUGGUCCAGCUGACAUCUUGGUCUGAUCUGGAUGUCUGUUAUACAUUUGAAGGAUGUGUCACUUUUAAGAUAAUCCUGAUAAUAAAUAUAUACAUAUAACCAAACACACAGUAUCUUAGUUCAUACAAGACAUAUGCAAUCCUGUAUACUGAGUCAAUACUGACAUGCAACUAUAUUUCAUAAUUAUAUUAUUUAUAGGAUAAACAACACAUAAAAAACUAAUGCUAAUGCUAAAUCCAGGAUUUCAAACAACCGCUGACAGUCCUUGUCUGAACUCUGUAAGGAAAACAAAGGUUCUAAAUCACUGAACUUUUUCCGUCAAUAUGAGCAUUAUACUGUAGUACGGCAUCAUUUCUGCCACCAUGACAAAAAAGAAAUUUGCUCAUUUUUUUGUUUUUGUUGUAACGAGAAAGUUAUCUUGUUUUAACGAGAGAACUCUCUCAUUUUAACAUUCUACAGUUUGUUUUGAGCCAGCUUAAUUCACCACCAAAUGUAUCUUCAGUGAGCUGAUUUCACUAUUUCAGGCCCUCAGGCUUGUUACAGCUGUUAGGUGGGGGUUUUUUUUUUGGCAGUGGCCAUUUUGAGGCAGAUGUCAUCUUCCUGGCUGGCACAUGAUUAUUUCCAGCUAGAAAAAGCACCACAGAUAGAUAAAUAAUUCAUGAUAAAAGAUCAUUGCAAAUAUUACCACAAAGGUCAGUCAUGUUGGGGUGAAUGUCAGUAGAGCCCUUUCACAGAACGGAUCACCUUUUGUCCUCCACAUUGCAGGAAAAAACAAUACUUGCUUGAAAUAACAGUAAUAUGUUUUUUAAGGUUUCAGUUGUUUUAUGGCUGCACAGGAAGUGCCCAGUCCAUGGUUAGAGGCUGCCAUGUUGAAGUAGAAAAACCAAGAAAUCUUUUGAUUAGUUUCCUCUUCGUAAGUGCAGUUUUCCUUUGUUUAACAUUAUUUUUUUAGUUUUUUUCUGACUCACAUACAAGCAGUUUAGGCAAAGAUUUGGUCUCUUAUAGCUCUCUGAGUUUCCGUGUGUUCCUUUAAAAUGCCGAUGCCAGGCCAGAUUUCAUAACUAACAGAUGCUGCUAUCUAGAAUUCAACUGUAUAUGAUUCUCCCUUGUGGCAGUGUUGCUAUGAUUUUUUAUGAGGUGUGUAUUUUUGUCUAACAUCUCAACAUCUGAGACCAUCAUAUCUCAGCCUCACCCCUUGUUAAAUUUGAACCAACUGUACUCCUACUAUCUCAUUCCUAAAGCAAUGCCAAUAUGCUCUGCUCCCACCUCUGCUCUUUAUUUCCCCUGAUGGGUCGUACAAAAAGGAUCAGUGGUUUGUGUUGGUGAUAUGAGCAACUGAUUGAAAUGAGAUUAGUUUUUACUCAUUAUCCAGCUGUAUUAUUCUAGCUGCAAUAUUGCAGCUGGGCAAUGUUUUUCAUCAGCAUCCCACUUCAUAGAAUUCAGAGUUCAAAAUGUAACCUAGAACACAUUCAGCGUAAAUCCAGCAAAAACUGCAUUAUAGUGAAAUCAGUGAGCAGAAAUCCAGUGCCCAUGUCUUUCAGCUUAGAUUAAAAAAAUGCAGUGAUGUCUCCCUCUGCUGAAUGUGAGGAGGUGCUUCAUGUGAACCAUGUCAUUUUCCAGUUGAACCAGUUUAUUUCCCAAGUUGUAUUUGACAGCCUGUUCACAGGCUUUAUUCUUGUCAAUUUUGUAAAUGCAUAACAGGGUUCAAGGAUCAUUUUCAUCGUGUGCUGGAUGACAUGAUCGUUUAAUGUGUAGUUGCAGGUACCGCACAUACAAACUGUCUAGGAGAUAAUAGGAAAUAAAGACAUUUUAAAGGAA